UCUGUUCUUCACUGUGGAGGAAGGGAGAGAGAAAGAGAGAGUUUUCCACAAGUCGAGCUGCUAGCAGUCUGCCUGGUGAGAGCGUCUGAAGAGCGUCUGGUGGAUCUAAAGCAGCUGAGAAGGCCAGGAGCUGCACCGGUGCAGAGCGAGAGAAGGGAAAAGAGUGACAGUUUCGCUUUUUGCCAGUAACAUCCCCUAGCAACCGUCGCCAUGGCAGCUGAGAAAGCUGAAAUGGAUGCACUGAAAAAGGAGUGCGAUGGCCUCCGUGCACAGAUUGAGGCGGCCCGUAAGGCUGUGAACGACAACACCAUGUCUGGAGUAGCAGGAGGGGUCGCCUCUGUGGGCCGAGUGCAGCUGAAGCUCAGGAAGACACUCAAGGGUCACCUGGCCAAAAUCUAUGCCAUGCACUGGUCAGCUGACUCCAGGCAAAUGGUCAGUGCAUCACAGGAUGGCAAGCUGCUGGUCUGGGACUGCUUCACAGGGAACAAGUUGGUUGCCGUCCCACUAAAGUCCGCCUGGGUGAUGAGCGUCGCCUUUGCCCCCUCUGGGAACCUGGUGGCCAGCGGUGGUCUGGACAACAUCUGCACAGUCUACAACAUCAAGGCUGCCAGCCCCAAAACCCUCAGGGAGCUGGACGCACACACAGGCUACCUGUCCUGCUGCCGUUUCCUCAGCGACACCGAGAUUCUGACAGCCUCCGGUGACACCACCUGCGUCCUGUGGGAUCUGGAGACCGGCAAGCAGAAGGUCGUCUUCACCAACCACAUUGGAGACUGCAUGUCUCUGGGCCUGUCCCCCGACAUGAACACCUUCAUCUCCGGAGCCUGCGACUCUCUGGCCAAGCUGUGGGACAUCAGGGACGGAACCUGCAAGCAGACCUUCUCCGGACACACCAGCGACAUCAACGCCAUCGCUUUCUUCCCCAGUGGAAAUGCCAUCAUCACAGGAUCCGACGAUUGCUCCUGCAAGAUGUACGACCUGCGCUCCGACCAGGAGGUGAUCGGCUACCAGGACACCAGCCUGAACGCCGGCGUCACGUCUCUGGCUCUGUCCAGCUCGGGUCGUCUCAUCUUUGCAGGAUAUGACGACUUCAACUGCCACAUCUGGGACUCACUGAAGGGAGAGAAAGUCGGUGUGCUGUCCGGCCAUGACAACAGGGUGAGCUGCACCGGCGUCCCUGCCGACGGUAUGGGCGUCUGCACAGGAUCCUGGGACAGCUUCCUCAAACUGUGGAACUGAGGCAUCCCGACCGAGGAAACCACCGGGAGAUGAAGAAGAAGAAGAGGAGGAGGAGGAGGAGGAGGAGGAGGAGGAGGAGAGGAGGGUGAAGAUAGAGGAGAUGGGAUGAGAGGAAACCAAAGCAGGAGAUGAGUGAGGGGUUUGCAGAUGUUUGACCGUCCUCUCUUCCUCGCUCCCUCUCUACUUCUUUCUCAUCCAUGUAUGCAAAAGCUGAGACGUUGCGAAUGAGUCGAGCUGUAUAAAUGGCAUCAGGUAAACACGAUGCAUGUAUGUACAAGAGAGCUUUAUUGUUGUCGAGACAAUUUAAACACCAAAGAAACUAAAAACGUAAAAAAAAAAUAGCACAUUAUUCAAAAAGGAAAGCAGAGCAGAAAUUAAGCUCUAAUUGAGAAUCUCAAUUAAACUCAUCUAGAUCUUUGGCAAUAAAAGCAGAAAGAACAGGUGAAUGUUGAAAAUAAGACUAUAGAAUCACAGAUUUAUUUUUAUUGUCUUUAAACCUGUAAAAGAGCCCUGCACUCGUUUAGAUUGAUAUGUACAUUUAUUUGUUUUUUAUAGUUUAACACAUUAGAAUGGAGAGUCGAUGUACAGUGUCUUUUUUUUUCGGGCUGCAUAUAUUCAGAGUGUAUGUUUCUGGUAAAGCCGCCAUCUUGGGUCCACUGCUAACAACCAGCAGACUUUGAUCUAAGAUGGCGGCUGCUGUUUCCCCAUGACCUUACGAUGAAGUACCCACACGAAUGAUGAUCUGAGGGCGGAGCCAGGCCGGCAGACUGUGAGACUGGCUGCCGGGUGGUGGUCCCACCUGCAAAACACUCUGUAAACACCUGCAAACUUUAUUUGACUCCCCUGGGUUCAGCUGCAUUUUGUAGUACUUUUACACUUCAGCAGUCUCUCUGUAAAAAGACAAAAUGUUUGUGGAAAAUCUUUCUAAUAAACAUAGAAUUCUGCAUUAA